UACGAUCCCAGGAUUGGCGGACGGAGCUGAGUCCCGCCUCAGCGCGCUGGGUCUUGUGGGUGAAAGCACGCUGACUGGGUUUGGCGUUUCGCGCAAUGCAGCGUUGCUGAGACCCGGAGUUGAAGACGGGGCACUUGAAUUAGCUUUAACAGAAGAGAAAUGGAGGAACCAUAAAACAUUUAAGGAUGAAUUCAGGAAGACCUGAGACCAUGGAAAACUUGCCUGCCCUCUAUACUAUUUUCCAAGGAGAGGUCGCUAUGGUGACAGAUUAUGGAGCCUUUAUCAAAAUCCCAGGCUGUCGGAAGCAAGGUUUGGUUCAUCGAACUCACAUGUCAUCGUGUCGUGUGGAUAAGCCCUCUGAGAUUGUAGAUGUUGGAGAUAAAGUAUGGGUGAAGCUUAUUGGCCGAGAGAUGAAAAAUGAUAGAAUAAAAGUAUCCCUCUCCAUGAAAGUUGUCAACCAAGGGACUGGAAAAGACCUCGAUCCCAACAAUGUUAUCAUUGAGCAAGAAGAGAGGCGGAGGCGGUCAUUCCAGGAUUACACUGGACAGAAGAUCACCCUCGAGGCUGUCCUGAACACUACGUGCAAGAAGUGUGGAUGUAAAGGGCACUUUGCAAAGGAUUGCUUCAUGCAACCAGGAGGGACCAAAUACUCUCUGAUACCUGAUGAGGAAGAAGAGAAGGAAGAGACAAAGUCAGCAGAGUUAGAGAAGCCUGACCCUACAAGGAAUUCUUCUAGAAAAAGAAAGAAGGAAAAGAAGAAAAAGAAACACAGAGACAGGAAAUCAUCUGACUCUGACAGCUCAGACUCUGAGAGUGAUACAGGCAAGAGGGCAAGACACUCAUCAAAAGACAGCAAGGCAGCAAAGAAGAAGAAAAAGAAGAAGAAGCACAAGAAGAAGCACAAGGAGUGAGAGUAGAAAGAGUGAAGGGGGUGGUGGUUGAGAGGAGGUUCAGGAGCCUUGUGCCUUAACGCCAUGACUCCUAAAAAGCCUUGAUACUAAGGAUAUGACCUCCCACCCCGUUACUUCUCUCCCUUGGGAAAUGACUUCCCCUGGCGCAGCUGGCAGAUUUGGGAGUUAGAUGUCAGAAACAUCUGCUUGAAUGAGUUGUUUCCUUAUCUUUUUGGUCCCUUUGCAAGUGACCCCAUGCAGCUCACCCAUUCAUUCAUUCAUUCAACUUCAUUCAGCAGAAGGUCCUAUUACCCUUUGCAGCUGCCACUGCCAGAGCUAGAUUCCUGUAUGGGGGGAUCUAGGUUAGAGCCACAGGUGGUACUACUGUGGUGAGUCUGGCUGUAGUUAUAGUGCUGCCCUUUACUUAUUAUUGGGUAAUCUCUGCUGCAUCCAAUAUGGUGGCAGAGGUAGAGUGGCAGUAUGAGGGAGAUCAUGGUGAGAAGUGGUGCUCACUUUUUCCACACCCCUUAAUAUGACUCUACGCUAGAUAACCAUUGUGGUCACAGCCAGAAAACCAUUGUUUGCAGUGACUGAGCUUUUGUGUGACAUUUCACCAGAUAGCUCGAGCUAAGAUUAUUGUUCUACUUUGUAUUUACUACUGUGUGAAUCAGUUGGUUGCACUUCAGGUUUCUGCUUAAAUUCCUGGCACUAAAUGAAGUGUGUUUGGUUCUAAACUUUGUGAAAGUUCUUAUUACUGUAAUCCUUCCCAGGUAACUUUUGGACUUAAAAGUCACUGAGUCUGCAUUAGUUGACAGAAAAGCACUUAAUAUGUUACCAUAGACCUUGAAGAGCAGUUUAAGUGAGGUAUAAGCUAGAGGCACUUAAACCUAUUAGGGCACAGCCUCUUAGGAGAUAACCUAUAAUCCCUCCCUUUCUAAUGAUCAAAUGACCUCUUCUCUAGAGCUGAUUAGUGAACCAGUGAGAAUUGGUAACCUAGAUUGGAGCUUGGUAGUCAUCUUGGCCAGUGGUCAUUUCCCCCUCCACUAAAGGCCAAGCUUGGAUCCUGUGUCUCAAGUUUGCAUUCCAAAUCAUCUAGCAACUGGCCAGACCCAAGAAUAAUCAGCAGGGAAUGGGUUUGAGGUGGUGGUUCACAAGACAGUAAUGGCAAAGCCCUGCCAUUGAUUACUCAUUCCAGGUUGGACUAGAUCAUUUGGUCAUAGGGAGGUAAUGUAAAGGCAAAGUACAGGGAUGCUGUUUAAUUAUUGAGCAUGUAAGAUGAUCAGCUGCCUAACACUGUCCCAAAGACUAUCUGUUUCAGU